AUGGCGCGACAAACUCUCGAAAGUGUAAAGUCCGUGUUCGAGCUCAAGGAACGCAUACAGAAGGAGGAGAAUGCCGCCUACAAAUUUUUCGUUGAGAACAAAGACUCCCUUUGUUCGCCAGAAAAUCUGGGAACUGCGUCUAAAAUUAUUCGCCAUCAGUUGGAAUUGAGCGGCCUUAAAAAUGAGCAUUGCGUUGCGAUGCUCAAAGCGGCGGAGGAAAAGCGGAAACGAGAGGAGUUGGAGCAUAAAAUGAAGCUUCGUGAGCUCGAGUUAAAGUCAUUCAAUGCUGACGAUCUUCCAUCGCUGGAGUUGAUGCGCCCUGUUACACCUGAAAUCAGAGAUACCUUAUAUGAAGGUAUCUCAGCCACUGGUGGUGGAAGGUUUGUCCCAAUAGCGUUUCAUUGCCACGCUCUUGUUAUUAGCAAAGGGACUUUGCGAUCUCGCAAAUUAAAUUUCUAUUCAUUUUAA